UUGACUGGCCAUUCCAAACCAUGUUGCGGCAACUCGUCUCGGCGCGGUCCCGCGCCCGCGUACUGCUGGCCGCGCGGAGCUUUGCGUCGGCGCCCACCGACAUUGCCAAGCUGCGCAACAUUGGCAUCCUCGCCCACAUUGACGCUGGGAAGACGACGACGACCGAGCGCAUGCUCUUCUACUCGGGCGCCAUCACGCGCAUGGGCGAGGUCCACGACGGCGACACGACCAUGGACUUCAUGCCGCAGGAGCGCGAGCGCGGGAUCACGAUCGGGUCGGCGGCCAUCUCCUUCGACUGGAAGGACCACCGCAUCAACCUCAUCGACACGCCGGGCCAUGUCGACUUUACCAUCGAGGUCGAGCGCGCUGUGCGUGUGCUCGACGGCGCGGUUGCCGUCUUUGACGGCGUCGCCGGCGUCGAAGCCCAAACCGAGACAGUCUGGGAGCAAGCCGACCGGUACAAGGUGCCCCGCAUUGCGUUUGUCAACAAGCUGGACCGCGAAGGCGCCUCGUACGACCGGACGUUGGCGAUGAUUGAGCAGCGAUUCAACGUCGUGGCGCUUCCGAUUCAAAUUCCGAUGGGCGAAAACAGCGAGUUCUAUGGCGUCGUCGAUGUCAUUACGAUGGAAAUGCUCACGUGGCAUGGCGGCGACGGCGAACAAGUCCGCCGGCUGCCGCUGCUCCCAGUGACGGGCAAUGAGAAAAUGCAAGCGCUCUACGCCAAGGCCGCGGCGGCGCGUGCUGCGUUGGUCGAGAAGGCCUCUGAUUUCGACGACGUCCUCGGUGACCUCUUUCUCAUGGAAGAGGACGUUGAUGAUGCGACGCUCAAGGCGGCGUUGCGCCGCAUCACGGUGCGCAAGCCCGACGACGCGCCGCGAGCUGUCUUGACUCUCUGCGGCAGUGCGCUCAAGAACAAGGGUGUCCAGCCGCUUUUGGACGCUGUUGUCGACUACUUGCCGUCGCCCGCCGACCCGUCGAGCUCGCCCUUUGAGGCCACGCAAAUCGACAAGAAUCACACGGUGCUCAAGACCCUCCAAAAAGAGGCCGACGCUUCGAGCCCGCUCUCGCUCCUCGCGUUCAAGGUCAAGCACGACCGGCAGCGCGGCCCGAUUGUGUUCUUUCGUGUUUACUCGGGCACGCUCAACGCCAAAGCGCAGCUGCUCAACACGACGCGGAAUGCCAAAGAGCGCAUCACGCGCCUCAUGCAAGUGGCGGCCGACGAGGCCGACGAAGUUGAGCUCAUCACGGCUGGCAACAUUGGCGCGGCCGUCGGGCUCAAGAACACGUUUACGGGGGAUACGCUAAUCGCAGCCAGCGACAACACGCGUCUCGUGCUUCCCGGUGUCGAGAUUCCGGCGCCGGUCUUUACGUGCUCGAUCGAGUCGGACUCGCUGAGCCGCCAAAAGGAACUCGACGAAGCGCUCCAGCAUCUCCAGCGGGAAGACCCGAGCUUUGUGGUGACGCAAGACGAAGAGACGGGCCAGACACUGAUGAGCGGCAUGGGCGAGCUGCACAUGGAAAUCCUCCAGGAUCGGCUCAAGACCGAGUACAAGCUCAACCCGUCCGUGGGCAAAAUGCGCGUCGCAUACCGCGAGUCGAUCUCGGCCACUAUUGACCACGAGUUUCGGUACGAUACGAUGCUGGGCACCGACCGGCAGUUUGCCAAGGUGGCCUUUACGCUGGCCCCGAUCGACCCCGAGUCGUCCAAGGACGGCACCAACCGCAUCAAAUGGAAGAAGUCGGAGACGAAGGACGCGUCGCUGUUUCAAAAGCUGCCCCAUGGCUUUGUCCAAGCGAUUGAAGACGGUUUCCAGAGUGGUUUUGGCUGCGGUCCGCUCACGGGCCACCGCCUUGCGUACCUCGAAAUUACGGUCGACGCCGCCAACUGCGAGUUUGACAAUGACUCGUCCGCGCAAGCUUUCCGAUCUUGCGCGUCGCUCGCGCUCAAGGAGGCGAUCGAGCUCGCGAUGCCCGUGCAGCUCGAGCCGAUGAUGGCGCUCCUCGUGCGGACGCCGGAUCGGUGCGUCGGCGACAUCCUCUCGGAUUUGAACUCGCAGCGCCGGGCCCACAUUCAGGAAGUUGGACUUUGCUCGUCGAUGCGCGUCGGCCGGAGCCGCAUCGACGCCCACGUGCCGCUGGCCAACAUGGUCGGGUACGCCACGGCGCUCCGCUCCAAGACGCAGGGCGAAGCGGACUUUAGCAUGCAGUUCCUCAAGUACUCGCCCGCGCUGUAAAGAGACACUUGGAGAAAUCAUCAACACUAAUAUGGCGUGGGAUUGUCAGUCCGAUGGAGCUUCGUCGCUUUGGAAUGUUGUUGAUACAGCAAUCGUGGCA